UGUGUUCGAAUGUGAGAAAAAUCAUGUGGCCUUGUAGGAUUAAAUUAUUACAGGUGAUUGAUGGUGAAUUUUGUAAAUGAGCCAUGCAUUAUGCUUUUUAACAUGGGGCAUGAAAUGUCAGGUCUAUAAUAGUCCCUUGUAGAAGGAAGGUAAGUGGGUGGGGAGGGCAAGGAUUUUUGGUCUCUUCGCAUAAAUGGGGGAAAGCAAUGCAGUGGGGAGUAAAGAAUGCAUCACAAGCUGGGCCUAUUGUAGUGGAUACUUCCUUAGUUGGACUACCAACUAGGUCACUGCAUAUCUAUCUACUUGAACUGUGUACUAGCACCAUGUUGUGUCUUGUGUCAGAUCCCCCAAAACUGCAAACCUUUGGUUUCUGGACUAAUACCAAAGUUUUGGGUAUGAAUGAGUGAAUAUGUCUUGUCACAUUUGAAUAGAUUUGGUUUUUUCAUAAAGUGCUACAGUGUAGGAUCUCUUUUAUUGUUCAAGUAGUUGAAAUUACUUGGGAAUAAUUGAAAUGCAGGAUUUUAUCUCCCUAUUCACACUAGAGCAAUUAAAUGUUGUUUUGGCUAUUCAAUUUGUACUUCUUAUUCCUUCAUACAGUAUUGAGGAUUGAAGUAUCUAUUUGGGUUAAAAGUACAUAUUCAAAAUAGAGAUGUUGGUGUUCUCAGUAAUUAAUAAAGUUAAAGGACACUUUGGACAAUCCCUAAAUUCGUGGAAUUUAUCUUCUCCUUUCAUGCAGCCACUCCAAUGCAGGUGUAAUUACAUUUUGUUAACAUGGUGCAAGUGUGGGCUUUAUGUCAGACUUAAAGAAGUUCAUAAUUUCUAUGCUUUGAUUGUUGGAGAAAUUGCAAAUUUUGCUGCUUAUGCAUUUGCUCCAGCUAUUCUGGUUACUCCUCUUGGUGCACUCAGCAUUAUUAUCAGUGCUGUACUGGCACGUAUCAUUUUAAAGGAGAAGCUGCAUAUUUUUGGGAUUCUUGGUUGUGCUCUGUGUGUUGUGGGUUCUACCACAAUUGUUCUGCAUGCUCCUCAGGAACGUGAAAUUGAAUCUGUGAAAGAAGUGUGGGAACUUGCUACUGAGCCAGGUUUUCUCUUGUAUGCAGCUGUCGUGUUAACAGCAGUCUUCGUUCUUAUAUUUCAAUAUAUCCCAGAAUAUGGUCAGACACAUAUAAUGGUCUAUAUUGGGGUUUGCUCAUUAGUUGGUUCUUUGUCGGUCAUGAGUGUAAAAGCCCUUGGAAUUGCCUUGAAGCUAACAUUAUCAGGAAUGAACCAAUUACUCUAUCCCCAAACAUGGUCUUUCGCUGUUGUAGUCAUUACUUGUGUUAUUACCCAGAUGAAUUAUUUGAACAAGGCCCUUGACACAUUCAACACAGCUGUUGUAUCUCCCAUCUACUAUGUCAUGUUUACAUCUUUAACCAUUUUGGCAAGCGUGAUCAUGUUUAAGGACUGGGAUAGACAGAGUCCAACGCAGAUUGUAACGGAAAUGUGUGGUUUUGUGACCAUCCUCUCAGGAACCUUUCUUCUUCACAGAACAAAGGACAUGGUUGAUGGUACGUGUUCAUCACCUUCAUCACGGCUUCCAAAACACACAGAUGAAGAGGAUGGUUUUGGAUCAGAAGGCAUUCCCCUAAGGAGGCAGGAUGCUUUGAGAUCAACAUAGCAUGCUGAGGGAACUCAGUAAUGUAAACUUGUAUUUUUACAGGCACUGGGGAGUAUUAGAUCCACCUUCACAUGUUCUUCCUCAAGGCAACUGGAAAAGGAAUUUUCAGCUUGUUCACUCCUUAUCUCUUUCUGAAACAUGAGUUGCAGCCACCAUCAGAAGCCAGAGUCCUUCCCCUCCCCUCAGACAAAAGUGCGGAUAUAUAUCAGAGAAUAUUGGUUGUAUAAGAGGAAAUUGCUUAGCUGAUGAACCUUGCCAUCAAAAGUAUGAAAUUAUCAGGUCUAUAUUGACAUUCCAUCCCUUUAGCUUUUCCAUACUUGUACCUCCAUUGACAUACUGCUAUUAUAGUCCAAUUUCAAAAGUCUCAUAUUCUUUUUGGAAACGAAUAAAUCUUCUGGUUGAAUCUUUUCCCUCAA